UCUGCCGGCAGAGAGACGGAGCACAGCGAGGCCGACUCCAUGCCGAAGUUCUUCUCAUGGACUGCCGGCGGAUGCUUUGCGUCUUGCUCUGCAUGAUCUACAUGCUGCACGUGACGGGGCUUUGGUGGGCAAUGGGUCGCCAUCUAGUGCUGGACCCUGGUCGCAUCUGCAGGAAGACUCGUCGCUUGCGAGGGAAGCAGAACCUGAUCUGCACGAAGGAACCGGAAGUUGUGACAGCCAUCGGAGAAGGCUCCAGGAUGGGCAUCCUCGAAUGCCAGCAUCAGUUCCGAUUCAGGAGAUGGAAUUGCACGACGGCCAAGAGGUCGCUGAAAAAAGUCCUUACGCGAGACACGAGAGAGACCGGUUUUGUGAACGCAAUCACAUCAGCUGGUAUCAUAUUUUCUAUUACUCAAGCGUGCAGUUACGGGCAGCUUCUGGACUGCACUUGUGAGAGAAAUGCGCCCCCAGCCGCUCUGACUGCAGCCCCGAUUCAAGAUACGGCCGCCGAGGGGCGCUGGGAGUGGGGCGGCUGUAGUGACAACAUCAACUUUGGAUAUCGAAAGUCGAAGGAAUUCAUGGACGAUAGAUUCAGGAGGCGGAGCGAUCUCAAAACCCUUCUUCUCACGCACAAUUAUGAAGCAGGCAGGCUGGCAGUGAAGCGAUACAUGAAAGUCGUGUACAAAUGCCAUGGAAUGUCUGGGUCUUGCGCAGUGAAGUCUACUUGGCGGAAGCUGCCUCUCUUCCGCGAAGUUGGUAAUUUCUUAAAAGAAAAAUUCGACGGGGCUGCAAAAGUGAUGCCGGGAAACGACGGCCAAGGAUUCAUUCCUGAAGGGGCUACGAUCAAACCUCCCGACAGAGAGGACAUUGUUUAUACAGAAGAAUCUCCGAGCUAUUGUGAGCCAGACAAGAAAACUGGGUCGCUUGGUACACAAGGAAGGCACUGCAAUCACACCUCCAUAGGAGUUGAUGGCUGCGAACUUUUGUGCUGCGGUCGGGGCUAUGAAGCAGUGCGUAGAACGAGCAGAAUCAACUGCAACUGCAGGUUUCAAUACUGCUGCGAAGUACAGUGUGAAACGUGUGACAAAAGACAAACAUACAGUAGAUGCUUGUAAAAAUGGCUGAGCUGUAGAUAUUUUGCUAAAAAAAAUCUCGAUGCGUCAUGGGCGCAGCCAGAAGGGGCAGAGAGGGGCAACUGUCCCUCCCUAAAAAGUGAUCGCUCGUUUUCCAAAAAUAAUUUAAAAUUUCAAUUUUAGGAUUUCAUUUUCAAAAAAUUUCGAGGGAGAGCCACAAUCGCUUUUACUGCCCUCAUCUGACCAAAAAUAGCAUAAAAAAUUUUUUAAGAGAGGAGGACUAUAACUUCAAGCAAUUUCGGGGGCCCGUGCUAGGGAGAGGGAGAAUGACAACUAAAAACGACUAUCUUGUUGCGCCUAUGCUUCUCCCCUCCCUGACGGGAAUCCUGGCUACGCCCAUGCAAUGCGUUCUGCACCCGAAUUAUAAUUAAUUCUGGAGGAAGAGUUUAAAAGACUUUUUAAAGCUCCAAAAUCUUCCCAUUUGUUGGAAGUAAUGCCAUUUUUGGUUGGUAAAAUCAUUUUUAAAAGUAAGGCACUUUUUUUAUUUUGAAAAGAUAAGAGCUUAAUGAGUAAAAAUCACAUCUAAAGAAUAAAAAUUCAAAAAGAGGAGUGAUGUACAGUGAAAAAAAAACACAGCUCAUUUAUUUAAUAAUUUACGAUGCAACAGGAUUAAAACGAGCGGCUGGUAUAAAAAAUUGAAAUAAAGAUUAAAUUAAAAUGUGUCAUGCAUUGCUUAGUUUUAAGUAUGGAAGAUGUAGAGAAUUGAACGGGUUUGACGCAAUUAAUGUUCUUUCGGUAAAAUUAUAGGAGAUUCGUUCAUUUCUUUGAAUUUAUGGUUUGCUUCUACUUUAAGAAAGAAGGAAGAAUAGUUCAGAGUUUAUGCCGAGCAAAUACUUAAAAUCGGUUCUUUUAAAAUUCAUUUAUUUUUGUAUGUGUCUUUAAUGGAAAACUUUUCAGGUAUUUACAGCUAUGGCGUGUCUACUGUUUAAAGUCUGGAAAUUGUCUUAAAUUGCAAGCUUUAAAACUGAGCUUCAAAACUAUUUUCCGUUUAAGUGAACCUCUGGUUACCAAAUGCAACAUUUUAACUUUGUUUAAAUAUCUAUUCCUUCCUCCCCCAUUUUCGAUAUUUCGAGUUUUAAAAAUCAACAUGCGACAGUAAGUGAUCAGCUAAUAUUUAAUUCACCCUAUGACAAUUCUCAUCGGUUGCGAAACAUCUAAACUAAAUUAUAUAUAAAAAAACAUAUGUAUAUAUAUUUUCUUUUCGCAUGAAAACUUGAAAGCAGCCGAUUUUUAUUUCGUGCCAAAAACGCUUCUGUAUGCAUUCCGGGAAAAAAAAAUGCAUUUAGCGAAUCAUUCGUUCGGCGCUUGGCUUUUAGUUUUUAGUGUAGUUGUUUCUUCUUGAAAAACGGCGAAAAGAAACUUUCCAUUUUAAGAGUCGCUAGCUAUGGACUAAGGUAGUUGUCUGAAAGCUUAGUGCACUUGCCCUUCAUACUGUAAAUCGGUUCAUUCAUAUCAUUUAUGGAAACACUUCAUAGAAACAAGUCCUAAAUUUGUACACCGGUGAUAUAUCCAGCCUGCACAGCUUUGUAAAUACGAAGAAAGUAAACCCAUUAGCGUUUCGAAAUUUAUUUUUCUGUGGAAAUAACUCAAAUUCUUUUUUAGUAAUGUGAAUACAAGGUUUUUAUAAAGUCUUGCACAGAUAAAGAAAACUUAAAAAAAAAAAAAAAAAACUAUUUAAGAUUUAUUUAUAAUUCGUUUUAUAUUAUGAUUCCUAUCUCAUCCCCCCCCCCCCACCCUUUUCCAUAUCAUCAAAAUUUUCUCCCAAUGGUAUAAUUUUAGUAAAAAGCAGGUAGGUGGCGCUAACAUUGAGAACUGAAAAUGGCGUCGUUGAUAGAAAAAUCUCCCAGGAACACCAGGAGGAUGCUUCUGAGGAUGAAACCCAAAAGCUUUGGUUUUAAAACAUAUUGGCAGUUAUAAUGAGGCAGCUUUAUCAAGAGUGUCCACCUCCAUAAAAGCAAGGGCACCCCCCUAAAUAUCGCAAAGACCCCCUCAAAACCGGAAAAAUUCCCUCAAUAAACCAUAUCCCCCCCUAAAAUGUUUAAUGCCGCAGUCUCUGCCAUGCCCCCCCCCCUGGUGGGCACCCAUGGUUUUAUCCAUAUAAGGACCGCUAUGGCCGAACUCAUACCUCUCACAAGGUAAGUUUUGGCUGUGCAUUCUUGCCCUUAAAAAAAUCAAUCUACUCAGAAUUACAAAAGAUGUACAUGUAGAAAUGUAUUAACGUGAAAAAAUUUUUUGAGGCAAGGAUCAAGGGGGGGGGGGGGGGGGAAGAGAAUUAUGUUUA